AUGUGGAUCUUGGACGAUAGGCAUGAAUAUAAGCCUCUCCUACCAUUCGCACGACCAGACUUCCCGACCUUGACCCGUGAUCGUUCUCCAGUCACCGGUGUAUCUGCACAGACUUUCCUUCGUGUUUGCUUCCGCAUCGGUGAAAUGUUCAAAGAAGGGGCGCGAUGUGAGGCAUUGAAGCAGGACACAGUAGUCGAGCUAUUUGCUCGCGUGACCUUCUCUUCUCGUGAACCUGGUACUACCAAACAACACUUCCAGUUCGCAGAUCUCUGGCAUGACCGCCCACCAUUUCCCAACGGAGUUCUGGCUAAUUACAAGACAACGGGCUUGGUGGAGAGUGAAUGCAAGGCGUUCCUCGGUGCUGAUGAGGGAAGAUUGACUCGAUGCUUGGGGAGAUUGAAGAGGAAUAGCAAGAGUGCCACGGGAUGGAUGUUGCAUAUCAUCAACAUCAGGACAACGGAUUGGGAGGAGAUUAAGUGGACCAAGCGGAUCGUGAGUGCUGGACUUCCGAAGUCGAAGACAUUAGGGAUGUCAAAACUGUGA